AUGCCAGGUCUUGUAAGCGAGCCGAAUUGGAGCGGUCUGGCAGAUAUUCUGCCCCAAGACCAAGUCCUUUUGCCAGGAACCGAAGCAUAUUCAAAAGCUGUCUUCGUCGGUAACCUGAACUAUCGCUACACCAACCCAGCUGUCGUUGUUCAAGCUAGAUCUGUCCAAGAUGUCAGAUCUGCCGUCAUAUUCGCCAAGCAAAACGGUGUCAAGCUCACUGCCAAGAGUGGUGGCCACUCCUUCAUGGGGUACUGUCUCAAUGAAGGCGGAAUCGUCCUUGACAUGAGUCAGAUGAAAGGAUGUCACGUUGACUCCGACAAUAUGACCAUUGAUAUGGAAGGCGGCCUUCUCUGGGAGGAUGUCUACAACAAACACAUUCAGGAUAAGCGCGACAUUGUUAUCGGUGGGCAAUGCGCCUCAAUUGGCGUCAGCGGCUUCACGCUCGGUGGGGGUAUCAGCCCUUUCUCCCGUAGCUAUGGACUCGGGUGUGACAACCUGCUCGAGAUGACUGUCGUCACUGCCAGUGGCGAUAUCGUUACAGUGUCACGAGAUGACAAAGAUGAGAAGAAACGGGAUCUUUUCUGGGGUCUUUGCGGCGGAGGCGGUGGAAACCUUGGCGUCACCGUCUCGAUGAAGUCCAAGUUGCACAAGUUGAGAGAUGAAGACGGCAAGGUCGUGUCUGGCCAACUCACGUGGAACCUCCCACAGCAACAGCAGGCUUUUGAUGAAGCUAUGCAGAUCUUCAACUCCAACAAGUGCCCUUCUGAGUUGACUAUUGACGCUUUGUGGUCACAUGGCCCGAACAAGCAGCUCACCGGUGGGAUGACAGUCAUCUACAAUGGCUGUAUGGAGAAGGCGCAGGAAGUCCUCAAGCCCAUCCUUGCCCACGGACCCAUCAACAACACCCUGCAAGAGAUGUCUUGGACCGAUUGUGUCGAGCAAUCCGAGGGCUGGGAUGCUGAAAGCAAGGUCUACCACCACCAUGCCUCUUUCAUUUUCGCCGAGGGAGCUAUCACACCUGAGCUCACUUCCACCGUUGCGGGCCUCGUCAAAGAAGCCACAGAUGUUGUUGGUAUCACGGAAGACAACCAGGUCAACCAGCCGAAAUGCCACUUUUCUUGGAGCCACAUUGGUGCCAAGACAGAAGAGAUUGCUGCUCAAGAUACGGCCUUUCACUGGCGCGACGGUCAUUACGUUGCUACUCUCAACGCGCAAUGGACAGACAAGACGAAGCGCAGCGAUGUCAUGAACUUUAUGGCCAAGUGCCAGGCCAAGCUAUCACCCUUUGCCAUUGAGCAAAAGGCCGCAUAUGUAAACUAUAUCGACGGCACAGUCCAAAACUGGCAGGAAGCGUACUACGGAGAGAACUACUCUCGUCUGCAAAAGGUCAAGGCGGAGUGGGACUCUGACAACUUCUUUAACCACCAGCAGUCUAUCAGGCCAGUAGUUGAUGAUGCCAAGUCACUUCCAACUCACGGCUUGAACGAGACGGAGGUUCUAGAGAAAGGCCAGACGCAGGAGAUGGAUAAUUGGUGGGAGGACAGCGUAUUUACUAUCGCGGGAGGAGCUUGGCACGCCCAGGGCGGACAAGUCGCUGUACUUGCAAGAGGUUGA